AUGGCGCCAUUGCCUGCUACACGCAUUACACCAGCGAAAGUUUUCGAACAUACGGGGCUGGAUUACUGUGGGCAACUCGCGGGAAGGGGCGCUUCGGUAAAAGUCUGGGUCGCAGUGUACGUUUGUUUCGCCGUAAAAGCCGUGGUGCUAGACAUCGUCGCCGGGUUGUCAGCAGCCGCGUGUGUCAAUUCGCUUAGACGCCUAGUCAGUCGAAUCGGGCGCGUUCGCGUAAUACACUGCGAUAACAGCACCUCGUUCGUCGGCGCGUUUCGCGAAGUUAAGGAGAUGCGACAGCAAUUCAUCGAACAGCUGAAAUCCAGUCAUUGGGCGAACGAGUGUUUGGAGAAAGGCAUUGAAUUCCAGUUUAUUCCCACGCGAGCACCGCACUUCGGCGGGCUGUGGGAGGCGGCUGUGAAGGCGUUUAAGCACCAUCUAUCCCGCAUCAUGGGGUCUUCACCGUAUCACUUGGACGAUCUACGCACAGCCGUCGCUCAGGCCGAGGGCAUCUUGAACUCUCGACCCUUAACACCGCUAUCCAAUAAUCCAGAAGAUCUAUCCGUGCUCACUCCAGCUCACUUUAUUCUGGGCGAAUCUGUGUUUUGCCUCCCCGAACCAGAUCUUUCUAAUAUUUCCAUUAAUCGCCUUUCCCACUUCCAGGCGACUCAGCGAUCCAUCAACGAUCUUUGGAAACGCUGGUCAAAAGAGUACAUCAGCCUAUUGCACCAACGGCCAGCCAAGUGGCGGAAAUCUCCUACCGAGUUCAAAAUUGGUUCGAUGAUUAUUCGGAAAAAGGACAACACUCCUCCCCAACAAUGGCCUCUCGGGCGCAUUGUGGCUGUCUAUCCGAACAAGGAUGGAAUCGUGCGGGUUGUAGACGUGCGUACGCAAGCUGGCAUUCGUCGUAGAGCCACCACACAGGUUUGCUUGCUGCCCAUUGAGGAACCGUAG